AUGGCUGCUAUCGCUACUUUAGCUCAUCGUGUACGAAUCGCGCUGGCAGAAACCAAUCUCGCGAAUGAACAAAGCGAAAUUGAUCUACAAAAUAAACCGUCGUGGUACACGGACAUAUAUCCCUUGGGAAAAGUCCCGACUAUUAAAUACGGAGACACGUUAUUAGCCGAGAGCUCAAUCAUCGUAGAGUUUAUCGCGGAAUUGGCUCAAGAGACUUCCAAUAUUCUUCCAAAGGAUUUGGUUCAACGAGCACAAGCACGGAUAUUUAUUGUUUUUUUUGGAAAGUUCUCGGGGUUGCUUUGGGCCUUAGUAAAAAACCAGGAUGACGAAAAAGUAAACGACCAACUAGUAAAACAAUCCCCCACCGGCCCUUACUUUCUCGGUGAAGCAUUCUCGAUUACAGAUAUCGCCGCGGCACCAUUCGUCGCGCGUCUAAACAUCUCACUUGAAGUCGGUAUUAUUCGUGGCAAUAUCAAGAUUCCCACAGGUGAAGGCUACGAGCGGUAUCAUCAGUGGGCUAAGUCGAUCACUUCACGUAAGAGUGUCAAGGAAACUUUACCAAUGGCUACGGAAUUGGUUACUGCUUACAAUCGAAUUAGGAAUCAGUCUUCGCAAGAGUAG